AUGUUCCCAUCCGGAAAGCGUAACGCUAACUAUCUGAACGCGUUUCGCCGUCAGGGUUUUCGUACCCUAAUGCCAAGCCGGAAUUUGACAGCCCUUUACUUUUUCCACCCGACACCUGUUUCGUCGGUGGACAGUUCAUCUGUGGAUGUUCCCGAGCGUAUGACCUCUUAUUCGGCCGGUCGUGUGAUUGAGGAAGAGAUUUGUUUCCAGUUGUGCGAAGCUGCUAUCACCGGUCUAACCAAUUUUGCAUCCCUCUAUGGGGGUGAGUAUUCACGCAGUGCGCUUACCCCGUCCGCAGCCGCCUCUUUGUCUCUCGGCAUGUUACGAUUGGCCGAAGAGGAACAGAAAUUACAACACGAACGUUGUUCCACUUCAGGAACCGGUUUCAUCAAGGCCAAUGGUUCAGGCACAACCACAACAACUUCGAAAUCCUCAUGCACCGACUCGCCCGGAUUGAAACAGGCCGCCCAAUCUCGGCGACGAUUGCGCUUGCUUUUGCGCAUCAUCANUCUCCGACCCGCUUUGCCGAUCCCAACUGGCCGCUGA